CAGCUAUAAGAAGAAGACGACGAAUUGAGGUUAUGUUAAUCGUCAAAAUAGCAAAAUGAGGCUGUUUCAAGCGUUACUCAGGAGAAAAAACAUGCCCCACGGUAAUAUUUACACGGGGAAGCACAGAAUCGUGAAGCCGGUGAAGAGGGACGACGUUCAAAAGUUGAGAAACGAUUUCGAGAUCGAAGAGAAAAACAUGUUUUAUUUGAGGCAUUCUUUUUUGACUUCUGAACAAUCGUUCGGUCAUGCAGCCGCUUUGGGGAAGCACGAAAAUCGCAUGAAAGAGUUGAUUAUGAAGAAGAAGGAUUUUAAAGAUAAUGUUACCGUAGAAUCGAGGUUAGCGCAUUUGAGGGUCAAGGAGUGCUGGGAUUAAAGUUGUGAGAGUGUAGAAUGUAGAGAAUAAUAAAUUGUUUUGUUAAUAAAUGUUAGUUUUUUUAUACAAUGUCAAUAAUUAUAUAACGCUUUUUUGUUCUAGGUUACCUACUUUUUUAAUAAUAAUAAUAAUUAUCUUUAUUUAGAUGGUAGUGAUUUUGCACAAUGUCUGGUAAAUUGGUCAG